AUGUCCAUUCCCGAUGUUCUUCCUCUGAGUCCCCCUUCGACGUCUUCACGCCGCAAAAUAUCUCUUCCUAAUGCUUCGACAAAUGCUACCAGCACUCCAGACUCGGCUGCAUCUUUCCCAGGCUCAUCAAACACAGCAACUCGAAAACGCGUGGGGUUUUCAAUCUCUACGCAUGCCCAAGAGCUUUCCUCAAGUCAACCGCCCUCUAGCACCACGAGACCACUGCCCUCUGUUUCAGGCUCCCAGUCAGCUCUGAAGUCGAUUCUCAAACCUUGUCCCGUCGACGGGCACACUCUACAAACUGAUGGUUCGCAAGAGGUCAAACGCUCAAUGAGUGAAAUGAUGGAGAGCAUCGUGCAACAGUUAUCGCGUGAUGACAGGUCACUCUCUGUCGACGCAUAUCAGACCCUUUCUGCAGUCAUUCGAGAGUACGAUGAUAUCCCAGAGGAGGAUGUGCUGAAAGCCAAGAUCAACACGAUUAUGAAAUAUAUCAAACGGGACCUGCAGAAGCAACCUAAUCCCGACGAGCCGCCCAUCGCCGACACAAAUCUAGUGACUCAAGCCUUGAAGGUGCUUGUCAUUUUUGCGUGGAAUCGCGACUAUUCCUCUCUAUUGACGGACGAGUAUCGCAUUUUCAUCCUAGAUCGGUCCAUCCAGGUCAUUGCUGAACAUGCUGCACCAAAGGGGGUGAUAAUUCACUACCUCCACCUGCUAGCAACCCAAAAUUUUCGCCCAGUUCUCGUUAACAACAACCGUGUUACACGACUGCUUGAAGCGCUGAAGGCUCUGACUGAGCAUGUGAAGGGAAAUGGUGUGGUCUCGGAAAGGCUCUUGGUCUAUCAGAAGCUCCUUGACCAAGCAAGACCCACAAUGAAAGCUAGGGCCAACCUAUGGGUUGAGGAGCUAUUGACAGGAAUGACCAACUCGCUAAAAGAUGUGAGGACAAAGGCGAUCACUAUGGGUCUGAAGGCAUGCUCAGUGUUUCCCACAUCCUCGUCCAUCUCAGUCACUUUCAGGACUAUACUCGAGAAAGAGCUGACGCCGGGAAAGACCUUCAGCUUAGCCAUGUGCCGUAGACUGGAGAAGAUGAUCGCAGUCAAAGAAGAGGGGAUUCAGGUUCCACAAAUAUGGACCAUCAUACUCAUGCUCAGCAAUGGUGUCGAGGACCGAGACCCCAACGGCCCUUGGCCCCGUUUUGACAAAUGGCCACAGUUUAUGGACUGGUUGAAAGUUAUCCAGACAUGCUUCAACUGCAGCGAGUUGGCCAUUAAACAACAAGCCUACAUGGCCUGGGAUCGCUUUAUCCACAUCAUCCAGCCUCACCAGACAUCCGACACUUUGAUGGCAUUACUUGCAAAGCCCCUCACUGCCCAAAUGGAACGUCAGUCCAUAGAACAGACAACCAAAGGCACCCGUCCGACGGCGGUUUCUACUUAUUGCACCUUGCUCUAUUAUGCUUUCCGACCAGCAGCUACACACAAGCAAUAUACCCGAGUCUGGAAUGAAUACAUUGUCAAGGUCAUGAAGAGCUCAUUUUUUGAGAAGAGUACUGCCAAUGCUGACCUAGCGUGUCGCAUUUUCAAGGCGUUGUUCUGGAACUCUAAAAAGAGUACCAAGGUGUGGAACGAGAAACGGGCCCUGGAAAAUACUCGAGUUGAGCCUGAGGAACUCCCCACGAUUGACUGCAAAUGGAUUAGGGCAAAGUCCGAAGCGAUUCUCGACAUGUUUCGAGUACUAGUUCGACACAGCUCCUGGGGUGCCUCGGGUCAAUCUCAAAGAGCAUUUAUUGCUAUCGCCUGGUCACAUUUCCUCAGAGCCUUACGAGAGGCGAGCAGCAAAGAAAUCAUACUUUCACACGAAACCGUCGACGCCAUAAUCAACGUGACCAACUGGUUAGGAGAUGAAUUCCUCUUGCAAAAACGUUCAAGACCAGAUGCUGCAGAUCAAGCAGAUAACGCUCACCGACUCAGCUACGCCCAAGUGCGACGUUUGACGCUUGUUGUCAUUACUGAACUUGGCAACGACCUGAUCAAGCCUGGACUAGAUUACACCAUCCACCCAUCCCACAUCAACAAGAUGCUUGUCAUCUAUGAUACACUGGACUCUAUCAUUCCAGAAUUAAAACAUGAUGAGCAGGAUAGUUACACCUCUGAGGCGUUGAAGGUCGAAUCCCGGUUAUUACUCUGCAACUGCCAAGAACUUCUCGACUUUCUGAACGCCCUGCUUCUCCGAGAUUUCAGAACAGUGCAAGCUCGAGAGCCAGGUGCUGAAAACUCGAUGGUAGUGUUCGGUAUGAGGCAGUUGGUGGAGAACGACAUUGGUUGUUUUCCUCCGGGAUAUAAUGUCCUUUUGAUGAGAAUGCUCCAGCCAACUCUUUGCGCGUUGUUUUCAGAUUGUGGGGAGCGCUCCUCUCCCGACUGGGAGUUAGUCACAACUACCAUGAACGCCCUUACCAAGGUACCCCCUGGUUCUAUUGAAGAACUCGAUGGCAUUUUCGCCGCUCCAUUCGAAAGUGCCCGCGCAUUGGUGCGGGAGGACGCUGUCACGAUCUGGAAUAAACAGUUCAGCCAUCUAUGCUCAGUCACUAUAGGCAGUCGUCUCUCAAAGGUCUUGCUCACGUUACGAAAAGAGGGUGUUGACGUUCAUAUUCCUGGCGAUCUUCAGCCUGCUCGGGAACUGAUGCCAGCUGAAAUCCCAAUACCCUCUGGACCUGGGGAAGCAAUUACUCUCAUCUCUAGGCAUACAUCGUUAAGUCCCAACAAAGCUGCACAUGACACUGGACCUUCUUCGGAACUAGGGAGCGAGCACUUCGGGAAUGUUGCUGCUGGACGACCUGACCCGGUUUUCUCAAGCCCGAGAAGACGAAUUUCACGACCCAGGUCGAGACACGAUGACUCUCAGAUACACUUCGUGCCGAUUGAUUCGUCGCCAGCACGUCGACCUGAUCCAGACUCGCAGUCACUGACAGAACAUCAAAUGGAAGUCCGGAAUAGGCAGCGUUCCGAACCUGCUGAUGUAUUUCUGGAUCUUCGAUCAAGCCCGAGACCACAUAGCAAGGCUCAAAAUCAAAGCAACUGUGGUAUUGCGCGUAAGGCAGCUGCUCUAUCAGAAAGACCAUCGACACCUACUUUGCCGACAGGUCAAGACCACCAAGAACCCGAAAUACCGGCAUCUCCAACCCCUCGGGCUAGACACGUUGCAAAUCAAAUAGCGGACAUCGAUGUACCUUCGUCACCGCCUUCAAUGCCUGGAAACCGUGACAAAGUGGAGAUUACUUCUUCCCCACCGCAAGCGGUUGCUGAAGAUGGACAAGUGAGGAUUGAUCUUGCAAUGGAGACAAACCAACUUGCGCCAACAGAAGAUGUGACAGGUCAAACUUGGGCAGUUGUCGAAGAGAAAGCCGUCAACGUCCAAAUGGAUGUUCAUAUGCAAGAUCAAAGCACUGAGGAGGACAUGAAGCUUCACCCAUCAACCGCGAUUGCGCUAGCAAUGGACGUAGACACGGAGCUUGAUGAAGUGGGUUCCAGCCAGGUCAUAAGACCUAGAACUGACAGCGACGAGAUCGAUAUGCUUAGCGCCUCGCAAUUGUCCCAUGACCUUGAUCAACAUCUCAGCCAGGUAGUCGAGGAUGAGGCGUUGCAAAAUCUAGUGGAAACCACUAGUGGGCCCUCCGCGGAGCAGCAGGAACAAGCCAACCAGCAAAAGCCUCAGGUGCGAAGAGGCCGCAAGCGCAAGUCUAACAGCGUCAGACUCGGCUCGAAGAAGCGGAGAAGGCCAGAAUCCUCAUCACAGACGUCCUCCCAAUCAAUCGCAACAGACAGCGCCAUGUACGAUACGCCAGAAGAGAUGUCGGGCUGCAUUGUGGUUGCUCCGCUGCGGGCAGUCCAAGCGGUUGCAGCAAGUGAGCUCGCAGAUUCAGCAUCAACCGCCAGUGAGUCAGCGGGUGCUCCGAAGCGUCGGAGGGGCCGACCACGCCGGAAAACAGAGAAUGUCAGUUCAACCACUAACUCACCUAGACGUCUGCGUGCCAACGUCGAAGUCAUCGUGCCCGAAACUUCGACCUUUGAGAAAGAGAGAACGCCAGAACGUGGGAUGUUGGCUCCUGCGUUGAGCGAUGAUGGAAAUCCAGCGGCCGAGGAUCCGCAGCCAAAUUCAGAUGGUGAUGAAAUAGCAGCCGCAACUGCUGUAGAGGCUGAGGAAGAAGGUGCUCGCCCUGGCAUCAAUGCUUUACUACAACUUGUCCUGGAUCGGCUCGAGUCAGCCCACCCUGGAGAUGUGGACUUACGGGCUGUGGAUGAUCUAUGCUUUCAAAUUCGUUUCCAGGCUCAAGUGAUGGCUCAACGGCAUGAUGCUAGGCAGUGA